GGCAGGGCAUCUCCUCAGCCUUAUAGCUUUUCCUCAACGUCCGCCAACGGGCAAGGCUGAGCACAUCAUGCUGCUACCAGUGUUGAGAGGCUUCAGGGCUUCAACAACACUGUUUAUCAUACCCCGGCCACGGAGGGUGAUCCACGCCGUCCCUCGGGUCGUCCUUCGUGGUCCAAAAAUCUCAUCUGGGUGCAUAAGAAGUUAUGCGACCCAGCAAGUGCAGCUUCGGGACUACCAGCUGGAAUGCAUUCAGUCAGUCGUGUCAGCUCUCAAGAAUGGGCACAAGAGGGUCGGCAUAUCACUUGCCACUGGAGGAGGCAAGACUGUAAUAUUUACACAACUCAUCCAACAUAUUGAGCCUCCUUCAGAAAGGGCUACCCAAACGCUUAUUCUGGCUCAUCGGCGGGAGCUCGUGGAACAAGCAGCUAGGCAUUGUGUCAACGCAUACCCGGACAAGACUGUUGAGAUCGACAUGGCCAAGACCCAUGCCAGCGGGGUAGCCGACAUCACCAUUGCCAGUGUUAUGAGUCUCCAGAGGGAAGAUAGGCUCGAGAAAUAUAACCCAAAGAACUUCAAGCUCAUACUUGUCGACGAGGCUCACCACAUCGUAGCCCCGGGAUACAUGAAGGUCCUCCAGCACUUCGGGCUGUCCACCAAGAGAGCGGACUCGCCGAAUCUGGUCGGUGUGUCCGCAACUUUGUCUCGGUUUGAUGGGCUGAAGCUUGGCUCCGCGAUCGACGAGAUUGUCUACCACAAGGACUAUGUCGACAUGAUAGACGAAAAGUGGCUGUCCGGCGUCGUCUUUACCACCGUCAAGUCCACCGCCGACAUCUCAAAGGUGAAGAAGCAAGCUGGCGGCGGGGACUUUGUCACGUCUGAACUCUCCAGCGCCGUCAAUACGGACCAGGUCAACGAUGUCACAGUCAGGAGCUGGCUCGCCAAGGCAGGCGACCGGAAGUCGACCUUGGUGUUCUGCGUGGACCUGGCUCACGUCGCGGGGCUCACCCAGAAAUUCAGGCAGUACGGGCUGGAUGCUCGAUUUGUCACGGGCGACACACACAAGGUUCAGCGGGGUGAGAUCCUCGAUGCCUUCAAGCGGGGCGAGUUCCCCGUGCUUCUGAACUGCGGCGUCUUCACCGAGGGCACGGAUAUUCCCAACAUCGACUGUGUCAUCCUCGCUCGUCCCACACGAUCACGCAACCUCCUCGUCCAGAUGAUAGGGAGGGGAAUGAGGCUGCACAAGGGCAAAGAGAAUUGCCACGUCAUGGAUAUGGUUGCGAGUCUCGAGACAGGGAUCGUCACCGUACCGACGCUUUUCGGUCUGGAUCCUGAGGAGCUGGUCGACGGGGCGACCGUUGAUGACAUGAAGAGCACGAAAGAACGGAAAGAGGCCGAGAAGAGCAGGCAAGACAAAGCCUACGAUACUGUGGCCCCGUCAGAAUCCCCAGCCGUCCCCCAGAAGAUCACCUUCACAGAGUACGACUCCGUAUUCGACCUGAUCUCAGAUACCUCUGGCGAGAGACACAUCCAUGCCAUAAGCCAAUACGCCUGGGUGCAAGUAGGGCCGGACAAGUUCGUGCUGAGCAGCAACUCCGGCUCCUAUCUGAGAAUCGUCAAGGAUGACCCCCGGGACGCGGACCCCGUCUUCUGGAGGGCCUUCCUCGUCCGCGCCCUGCCCGCCGGCAUGUCCAAGGCACCCUAUGCGCCGCCGCACGAGCUCCUCAGGGCAACGACCUUCACCGACGCCGUGCACGGCGCCGACAACUACGCGCAGAGGCACUUCCUGCAUAUCAUGAUAUCCCGCAGGCAGCCGUGGCGCAACAGCCCGCCCACCGACGGCCAGCUCAGGUUCCUGAACAAGGUCCGGGCAGAGGGCGACAAGCUGACCGCGGACAGCAUCACCAAGGGCAAGGCUGCCGACAUGAUCACCAAGAUCAAGCACGGCGCCAGGGGAAGGUUUGCGGACUUGCAGAAUAGCCGGCGGAGGAUGCAGAGGAAGGUGGCCCAGGAGGAACAGGAGAUGGAGCGGAAACGGAGGGAGCUCGUGACGGUUGGGCCUGUCGCGGCUUGAGGGGCUCGCUGUUGGUAGGCCAUCAUGUGCUCUAAUGUCGGGGAUCAGAGGCAUAUCAAGCCAUGUAUUUAAUACUCUUUCCCCCCUUCUCUGUAUAAACACAAUUCUCCUCUCGGGGCAAUAUUCUAUUUGCCCCCACUUCAGGCUUGCCUGGCAUACUUUAACUCGAGGUGCAAUGUCACAAAUACGGAGAAUGGAUACACAGAGCUUGGUGCAGUGAUUUGUACAAUGUUAUGGGGGAAAUCUGGCUGUGAGCGAGACUGAAAGGGA